GAUUAAAUACAAAUAGACCAAUCUUUUUUUUAUUUGCGGUGUGACUAACGUCAAACGUAAAGGGUUAACGCAACAUAUCUUUUCUAUCUCGUUACCCCCAAAAAUAGGAGCUUGAUAUAUAGUUCUUAUAGUAGUACCAAAUACAAAUUUGUAUUUAGUAGUACUCACAAAUGAUAAGAGUGCUUCAUCAACUUAAAACGCUCGCCAAGAAAGCUUUCAGCAAUAGGUAUCUUUUGUAUACCAACGUGGGAAUAUCCAUCAGCCUGUCGGGAGUUGGUGAUAUAAUUGAACAGCAUUACGAAAUUUAUACCAAUAAUCUUGAGUUCUGGGAUCGUCAGCGUACGCGCCAAAUGUCUGUUUCGGGCAUGACAGUUGGAAUAUUCUGCCAUAAUUGGUAUAAUUUAAUGGAUCGUAUGUUUCCCGGACGAACACUUAGCAUUGUACUCAAAAAAGUGUUAAUUGAUCAAACUAUUGCCUCACCAAUAGUGAUUUUAUUGUUUUUCACUACAUUGGGUGUAUUGCGGCGAGCAUCAUUAACUGAAACAAUAAAGGAAAUGAGAGAAAAAUUCUCUCGUCUAUACACCGCGGAAUGGGUCGUUUGGCCUCCUGCACAGUUAUUCAAUUUCUAUGUUUUACCCACAAAGUACCGUGUAUUGUAUGACAAUACAAUCUCACUAGGAUACGAUGUAUAUACUAGCUAUGUUAUUAACGAGAACAAUAAUAGUAAUUUGUAAUCCCAGUAUGUUAUUCCAUGAGAAACGAACAAUCAACAAAUCCAGUCCAUUGCGGAGUUUUUACAAACUAAUAGAAAAAUAUCAUUGAGAAAAAAACUUAA